ACCUUAAGUAUGAGUUAUGGAAUUUUGGCUUCGGUCUUUUGAGGACGUUGAGGGCAGGGUGGCGGAGGCAUCGUGGCAUCCAAGAGGGCGGGAAACGAAAUAAAGAGCACUCGGGAGCUGAAUAUGGUAACGGAACCUUAGGAGACUGGAUUGGAAAUCGAGUAGGAAGGAAGAGAGAUUGCGCCUGUUGGGACACGUGACUAGAAGUUAGAGGCCUAAGCGGCGCUGGAUGUGGAAAAACGGCUUGGUUUCAGAAGAACUAAGGGAAAGGACUCUUCUCUGUAGAGAGAAAAUUAUUUUCCCUACUAAAACACGCUGUGUGUGCCCAGUCUUCAUGAAAACCAACAGAGAAACAAAGCGCCUUUUUGUGGGUGGCCUUGGCCAGAACAUUUCUGAAGCAGACUUACAAAAUCAGUUCAGCAGAUUUGGAGAAGUUUCUGAUGUGGAGAUCAUCACUCGGAAAGAUGACCAAGGAAACCCACAGAAAGUCUUUGCAUAUAUCAACAUCAGAGUAGCUGAAACAGACCUGAAAAGAUGUAUGUCUGUUCUAAAUAAAACAAAAUGGAAAGGUGGAACACUACAAAUUCAGCUAGCAAAAGAAAGUUUUUUGCACAGAUUGGCUCAAGAGAGACAAGAAGCCAAAGCAAAGAAAGAAAAAUCAACAAUAGGCAACACCAACUUAUUAAAAAAGAUGGGAGUGGUGGAUUUCCAUGUGAAAGCUGUGCCAGGGACAGAAGUACGAGGGCACAAAAAUUGGGUUGUGAGUAAAUUUGGAAGAGUCUUACCUGUCCUUCACCUAAAGAAUCAACGUAAACAUAAAAUCAUGAAGUAUGAUCCAUCAAAAUACUGCCACAACUUAAAGAAAAUAGGGGAGGAUUUUACAAAUGUCAUCCCUAUAUCCAACCUCACUUGGGAACUGGAAGGAGGGAAUGAUCCUAUGAGUAAGAAACGGCGAGGAGAGUUUUCUGACUUUCACAGCCCUCCCAAGAAGAUAAUAAAAGCACAGAAGGAUGAGGGUUCCACUGUGUCUUUGGCUGUGAGACCAAGAUCCAGUAGGGUAAUAGUAGAGAGUCCACACAUGACAUGGCAACAGGCCACACAAGAAUUACCUAAUAACCCCAUUGCUCCUCAGUUACUUCAUGUACCUGAUUCUGAUAAUCAGAAAGUUAAACAUGCAUUUUUUCAGACUUCUGGCUCGGAAACUACCAGGAGCAAAAAUAGCAUGUCUGAUGAUGAUACCGAUUCUGAAGAUGAAUUAAGACUAAUCAUUGCAAGAGAGGAAAACAGAGCGAGAACUGUAUGGUCCUUAACAAAUGAGUUUGAAAAUGAUUCCUUUGAAGUUGUAAGGGAUGAUUUCAAAUCAGAUGUUCACAAACCUUGUUCUUUAACAGGUUUAGGCAUCAAAAAUAACAUCUCUUGCCUCGAUAAUGUGGGAAAUGAUUGCAACUAUGAUUCAGGAGAUACAGAUGAAAUCAUUGCGAUGAAAAACAAAGCUGGUAAGGUCAAAAAUAGUACAGAAUUUUCACAAAUGGAAAAGCCUAUAUAUAAGAAAACUUCUUUGAAAAAUAGAAAAAACUGUGAACUUUCUGAUCAUUGUAGUGAAGUACCCAAAAAAAACAAUGUAGAGCUAGCCAGUAGUCAUAGAGUAAAGCGUCUUAGUCAUAAAUCUCUGUCCAAUUCUAGUAGCAGUGAAGAUGCUGAGUCUGUGUCAGAAUCAGCUAAGUCUGAGGAGGAUGAGUAUAAUGCCAUGAUGAAAAACUGUCUUUCUGUGGCACUCACUUUAGCUGAUUUGGGGCAGUUGGCUGGCAGUGACCUGGAGGCUCCAAAAGAAGAUACUGAGAGUAAUGGCUGGGAAACUACCACCAAGUGUGACAGAGCCUCCAAGAGCCACAGGACUUCUGGUGGCCUCCACAGAGGUCAACAAUGUAUUCAUCCUGAGGAGAUUGUGGUAUCCCUUUUAGAAGGAGAAGAGAACACCCCUAGGAAACAGACACAAAAGGAAAACAACUUAAAGCCAAAAUUCCAAGCAUUCAUGGGAGUAAGCUCUCUCUAUGGGAAGAAAUCGAUGAAAAAAUCCUUGAAGGAGAGUGUUGCCUCUAACAAUAUUAAUAAAAAUCAGAAUUCCUUGAAACUUGAGGAUCCCACUAGUGUGUCCAUGGAAAAGGAGUUUCCAUAUGCUAAUGGCUCAUCAAGCGAACUGACUCCUUCCCAAAGAGCAAAGUCAGCAAAGAAAGCAGAUGACCCAAAUCAUAUCCAGCCUCAAAAGAAACAGUCCACUUUUGAAAGCCAGGAUCACACAGUGGGGUCCCCUGGCAGUUCAGAAAAGGGAUGUCGAAAUUAUAUUUCUAGUCUGUUGCCAUUAAAAGAUAAGAAAUCUUUAAGUGUUGGUGCAGAGACUCCCUUUGAUGAAGACUUUUGCCACAGGACCACAAAGACGGGAGAGGGCUCUGAAAAGAGGCCUGAUCUGAACAGCCACAUGGCCCCUGAGUGGUCACCAGAGGUCUUCAGGAGACACUCUCGGGGAAGUGAAACUGACUUCCCAUUUUCUCGUAGUAGUUCAUCAGAUGUUAAUGCUGAGGACAAGCAUGCUGAAGAUAACCAGAAACGUUUGGCAGCCUUAACGGCAAGGCAGAAGGCAAAAGAACUACAGAAGAAGCUGGUUCAUGAUGCUCUGGCAAAUCUGGAUGGUCAUCCAGAGGACAAGCCAACGCAUAUCAUCUUUGGUUCCGACAGUGAAAGUGAGACAGUGGAGACAUCCACUUGGGAGCAAAGCCAUCUGGGAGAGAAACCAAUGAAAGAGUCCUUGGGUAGAGUGUCUGGGAAGCUAUUUGACAGUAGCAAUGAUGAGGAAUCUGAUUCCGAAGAUGACAGUAGCAGGUUCAGAAUUAAACCUCAAUUUGAGGGUAGAGCUGGAAAGAAGCUUUUGGAUUUGCAGUCUCAUUUUGCCACUGAUGACAGAUUUCGCAUGGACUCCCGAUUUCUAGAAAGUGACAGUGAAGAAGAACAAGAAGAGGUAAAUGACAUGAUGACCACUGAGGAGGAAGCACUUGCUGCAGAAAAGCUGAAAGCCCUGGACGUUGUGCAGAGUGUUCUGUGCACCAGCCGAAGUGGUCCUGCAAGCAAAGGACCAGCAGCUGCUAAGAAAUUCAAGGACAUCAUACACUAUGAUCCGACAAGGCAUGACCAUGCCACUUAUGAAAGAAAAACAGAUGAUAAACCAAAAGAAAGUAAAGCAAAGCGAAAGAAGAAGAGAGAGGAAGCCGAGAAGCUACCUGAGGUGUCUAAAGAAAUGUAUUAUAACAUUGCUACGGAUUUAAAAGAAAUAUUCCAGACUAUAAAAGAUAACAAUGAAAAGGAAGACAUGCCCUGGAAUGAGGACCGUGGCAGAGAGAAAGCCAAGGAAGUCCAUGACCCUGAUGCUCUGGUGACUGGGGCCCAGCAGCCUGGCGGGUUCACGUUCUCCUUUUUUGAUUCAGACCCCCAAGAUGUAAAGGAAGAGACAUACAGAAUUGAGACAGUGAAACAUGCCAAGACUGCCUGGCAGAGAGCCCCUCAUUUCCAAGACAGCAGUUCAGAAGGGGAAGAUGUUACUGAAGAAACAGAUGACAGAAUGCCCAACUCUGAAGAAGUAUCAUUACCUGAGAAAGAGACUACUAGAUUUUUCUUUUUCUGUAAGGAUGAUGAAAGACUUCAUGGCUUUGACUUAUUCUGGAGUGGAAUGGGAGGUAAUAUUAGCAGGAAUUCUUGGGAGGCCAGAACAAACAUCUUGCGUGUGGCUUUUGAUUUUGUUUUUGUAGGAUUGUCGGAAGAAACAUAAAGAUGCCAAAAGGAAAGUGAAACCAAAAUAAAGUAUCAUUAUUGCUUUUGAUACUGAUUGUGAAUAAGACCUAUGGAAAUUGGAUGAACUAGAAAAUAUUUUUAGCGGACAAGAAUUUGGAGUGAAGGAAUAUACGAAAUCUGGCUGAUAUCAUUCUGGUUGCUAUCUUUUUCUGUGGAUUUCCUGUAUUUCUUCCUUAGGACCAGUUACUUCAAAAAAAAUUAAUCUAAACUUUUUUUUUAUUAAAUAAAGCACAAGAUAGUCCCUCAAAAAAUACUUUUUGUGUAUAAUCUCUUUGCCCUCCAUCCUCAAUAACUAAUGGCAUCUUCUGUUGCAAGAUUUACAUAAAUCCUUUUAAAUAUAUGAGUCAGAGCACU